AUUAUUUCCCAUUUCUCAGACAUUUGUCAAAGUAUGGGGUCCUAUUUGCAUUUCACCAUUUCCAUUCUACUGACUUUUAUCCAUCAAGCAGAGUCCAGCUCUGUGUUUGUGCUGAAGGGACAGGACGUUCAUCUGGAUGUCCAGGAAAAUGUUCAACUGAAAGAGCUGGAGGUUUUUAAGUGGACCUUCGGAUCAGCUAAUAUUGUAAGAUGCUCUGACACAUUGUCAGUGAGAGUGUCUCCUGAGUACAACAACAGGGUUGAGUUUUAUAAGGGAAAUUUCUCUCUGCUACUGAAGAACAUACAGGAAGGAGACAGUGGACCUUAUACUGCAGGAGUGACUGGUGACAAAGAAACAAUUAUUAUUGUAUUCAAGUUAGUUCCCCAAGAGAGAGUUGAGCCUCCAGUCCUGACAGUGGAUUCUAACUCCAACAUCAAUGGCAUCUGUAAUGUGACUGUGACCUGCAGAGGCCAGAACACCUCUGUCACCUCCAGCUGUAACAGCCGCACCUGCUCUCAGGUGGGAGGAGAGAGUAGAAGGGCUGAGACCUCCACUGUCUCCCUGCUCUCUGUCUAUGUGGCAGGGGGUUCCAUCAUCUGUAACCACAGCAACCAAGUCAGCUGGGCCAGCGACACCAAGGAGAUAGUGGAACUCUGUCCAAUGAAAUCUGAUCAAGGCGAGAAGGCAAACUACAACUAUGCUUUCACAGUCGUGGCACCUGUCUGCGUAGUUGGAUUCAUUGCCCUGAUUGGUUUUCUUGUUUGUCGAAAGCAAAACAAACGUGGCAAAAGGGAAAUCAGAGACACAGAUUAUGCUACAGUUGGGACUCCAGAGAACGGCCAAGCAGGUGGUGAAGAGCAGGUGUCUCCAGGUCCAGGCCCAACAUCACCCACUAUCUACAGUAUGGUGGGAAUACCCCAACCCCAGCCCGUGAACCACCAGCCUUUGCCUGUAGACCUCCCCAUGACCACCAUGCCGGAGAGUUUAUAUGCUAUGGUGGGGAAAAAGACUAGCCAACAAUAAUAAGGAAUUUGAACAUCAUCCGGGAUUCUAUUCAAUCCUUUUAAAGGCAAUGUUCCCAUGUUCGAGUAGACCUAAUAAAAUAAAAUAAGAAUGGUCACAUGCUUUGAAAACAACAGGUUUAGACUAACAGUGAAAUGCUUACUUACGGGCCCUUCCCAACAAUGCAGAGAUAAAGAAAAUAGAGAUAUAACAGAAAACUAAUGAAACUAUUAAUAAUAAAUAAAUAAAUAAUAAAACACCAUGAGUAAAGAUAUAGUUAUAUACCCAGGGUACCCAGUCGAUGUGCAGGUGUACAAGGUGAUUGAGGGAGACAUGUACAUAUAACUAGGAAUGACGUGACAGACAAUAAACAGUAGCAGCAGCGUGUUUGAGUCAAAAAAAGUAUGUGCAAAAAAGGGUCAAUGUAAAUAGUCAUGGUAGCUAUUUGGUGACUGUUUAACAAACUAUUUAGCAGUCUAAUGGCUUAGGGUAGAAACUGUUCAUGGUCCUGUUGGUUCCAGACUUGGUGCAUUGGUACCGCUUGCCGUGCGGUGGCAGAGAGAACAGCCUAUGACUUUGGUGGCUGGAGUCUUUGACAAUUUUUAGGGCCUUCCUGAUACUGCCUUGUAUAGAGGUUCUGGAUGGCAAGGAGCUCGGCUUCAGUGAUGUACUGGGCUGUACACACUACCCUCUGUAGUGCCUUGCUGUCAAUUGUUUGACUUUUUGAGGCUGAGGGCUCAUGACAAAUCUUUUCAGCCUCCUGAGGGGGAAGAGGUGUUGUCGUGCCCUCUUCACGGCUGUGCUGGUGUAUUUGGACCAUGAUAGAUCUUUUGUGAUGUGUACAACGAGGAACUUGAAGCUCUCGACCCGCUGCACUACAGCCCUGAUGUGAAUGGGGGCGUGCUCAACUCUGUUUCCUGUAGUCCACGAUCAGCUCUGUCUUCCUCACGUUGAGGGAGAGGUUGUUGUCCUGGCAUCACACAGCCUGGUAUCUGACCUCUUCCCUAUAGGCUGUCUCAUCGUUACAGACUGGGUCAGGUAGAAGAUGAAAAUGUCAGUGAAGACGAAUGGUUGGAACCGGUUCAGGGAACAGAACUGAAAUCCGCAUUUUUCCAGUCCCCCAAAAUUGUAACAAAGCACCUACGCAAAAUCCUCACUCAAACGUAUUCCAGCGUCUGCCUGCCAGUUGGAAAUCUUUGCCAGUGGGUGUGCAUGUGUGUGCAUGCUGCCUGCCCCCCCCCCCCCUCUCUGAAGGGUAGGUUAUUGUAGCCUACUGAUGUUACAAGCGUAAUUCAGAAAUUAGGGAGAGAUGUUUAAUUAGAGAAGAAUGGAUUAACUUGUUCAAUGCUGGUGUAUUUGGACCAUGACAGAUCCUUAGUGAUGUGGACAACGAGGAACUUGAAGCUCUUGACCCGCCGCACUACAGCCCUGAUGUGAAUGGGUUUCCUGUUGUCCACGAUUAGCUCUGUCUUGCUCACGUUGAGCAAGACAGAGCUUGCUCUGGUUUUUGUCCUGGCAUCACACUGACAGGUGUCUGAUAAAGCAAACUGGGUGGAAUAUGGAGAAAAGUUUACCAAAUUCUUCACAGUACCAACAUUUUUUGCAGAAAUCCAUUACUCAAGACGGAGUCAUCCAUGAUUCUCCAAAUCAUAUUUGAAAGAGGAAGCUAAAUAUUUUUAGCAGAUGUUUUCUUUUCAAUCUCAUCAUCACACUCUGAAUGACGAUUGUUGUAAGGUAAUAUUUCCUAAUAAUAAAAAAUUAUAAAAAUAACAAAUGCACAAAAAGAUCAGUGGGAAGGUCAAAUUACAGAGGAAUAAUAUAUAUAUUUUUUUAUCCUUUUAGUCUGGAAAAUCCCAAGGCUUUUUGGCAUACCGGUAGAGGUAUAUCAUGCAUUUUUUGAGAUUCUCAAAGCUCCAUUAUUAGCUUGUUUUAACUACUCCUAUAGAAAUGGAAGUCGGUCAGGAACUCAGCAGGAAGGCAUGAUUUAAAUAUUAUUCAAACAAGACCCAGAUGACAAAUAUAACGAUCCUGACUAUCUGAAAAAACUAGAGGCCAUACUUCAAUGUUGUGGUGCAAAAAUACUAGCUAAAUGCAAGGCACUCCGAAUUAAAAAGGUUUAAUCAGAUAUUAGUCAUCCUGAUCAGACAGGUUUUUUACAUGGAUGAUACAUUGGAGAUAAUCUACGACAACUACUCGAAAUAAUAGAACAACAUGAAACAUUUAAGAAGCCAGGCCUGGUAUUCAUAGCAGAUUUGGAAAAGGCCUUUGUCAUGACGUGGCCCUCUUUGGGUAUAGCGAGUGCCUUCCCCCUCUCUCCCUCUUACACCCAGGUUCUGUUAUCUCAGGUGGUAAAUGGCUGGAGGAGACUCUCUCCCUCAUGCAGUAUAUAGAGAGAAAGCUUCACAGUAGAACAAAGGAAUUUAUUCUACAUCACAGAACUUGAGAACUGAACAAUAUCCAUGUUUUGGAGAAUGUGUAAACGGUCGGUGGAGAAACCAGCUACGACCGGUCCGUUUGGUUUUAUGAUUGUGACCUCAGGAAAGACAAUACAGCCACAUUACUCUAACUCUGUUUAUACAGGAUCCUCCGUUAUGAGGCUUGCAUCUAAUUAUUGUAUAAAAUGAAUGAGUAAAGAUGAAACUAUUUGUGAAAUUGUGUAAUGUGAUUUUAAACCGUUAAUGUGAGAGAAUUGUAUUCCCUUUAAAAUAUAACUAAGUCAUUGGCCCACCCCAUGAGCACAGACAUUGAUCUGGCAUCAUGGGACAGCCCUUUUCUACUGUUACAAAUAUAACCCCCACCUGAAGGAAUUCCCUUCAGACCAUGCGUAACUCGAUCACAGAGGGGGCGAAGGUUUUUGAAUUCCUAACCAAACCACAUGGAGCGUUGGCUACACUGGUGGAAAUGAUUAAACUCUGAGACUAUCGAUACCGAAAGAAUAAGAGCAAGUCUUCGAUACUAAUUACUAGUCUGCAGCUAAGAAUUAUGUACCAUUGAAUGCGAAGACCGACAACCGCCGAAACAACUAUUCUACAAGAACAUUUCUGAAUUUUACUCUGAAGUACCCAUUCUAAACACGAGAGACUUCAUGGGAGCAGAGACAAUCAGAUGAACUUUCCAACAGAUAGACGGACGAUUUCAACAGAGAUCACGACGACACACUGAGCGUAAAUAUAUAUUGAUUGCAAUUAUUCCCAAAUGAGUGAGCGUUCAUGCGCAAAGGAUUAGCAUUUCAAUCAAUAUAACUAUCAACUGUGUAGUGACUCUUGUAAUUCUCAGUACACACCCACUUCCUUUUAUCCACCAAGCCGUCAUAUCGGCUUAGCCCUCUAGGGAACAUCCCCUAUCAUUUUCUUGUAACCAUAUCUACUGUUAGUUUGUUAUGCAUUUCUGUUAUUUAGUUAGUAAAUAAAUUAUUAAGACAA